CCUAUGCUGUAAAUAGAGGCACUUGUGAUUGUCAGAUUCAUUCAUUGUAUACCCUCAGGUGCUCACAUCACAGCUCAUUUUGCUCUAUUCUACUCCUCAUCAGCACUGCUGUUUGACCACAGAAAGUGAUCCUCACCUCGCAGUCAUGGCUGAAACAAGCGAAUGCAGUAUCAAGGUCCUCUGCAGAUUUCGCCCAUUGAACCAAGCGGAGGUUCAUAGAGGGGAUAAAUUCAUUCCUGUUUUCCAAGGAGAUGAUUCUGUGAAUGUUGGGGGAAAAACGUACGUUUUUGAUCGGGUUUUCCCUCCAAAUACAACCCAAGAGCAAGUCUAUCAUGCAUGUGCCAUGCAGAUUGUCAAAGAUGUGCUGGCUGGGUAUAACGGCACCAUCUUUGCUUAUGGGCAGACCGCUUCAGGGAAGACACACACUAUGGAGGGGAAACUUCAUGAUCCUCAGAUGAUGGGGAUAAUUCCCAGAAUUGCGAGAGACAUAUUCAAUUACAUCUAUUCUAUGGAUGAGAAUCUGGAAUUCCAUAUCAAGGUCUCUUAUUUUGAGAUUUACUUGGAUAAAAUCAGAGACUUACUUGAUGUAUCUAAAACUAACCUCUCUGUGCACGAAGACAAAAAUCGUGUUCCAUUUGUCAAGGGCUGCACUGAGCGCUUUGUCUCCAGUCCUGAGGAGAUCCUGGAUGUGAUUGAUGAAGGAAAGUCCAAUCGGCACGUGGCUGUGACAAAUAUGAAUGAGCACAGUUCCAGAAGCCAUAGUAUUUUUCUCAUCAAUAUCAAACAGGAGAAUGUAGAGACUGAGCAGAAGCUAAGUGGAAAGCUCUAUUUGGUUGACUUGGCUGGCAGUGAAAAGGUUAGCAAAACUGGAGCUGAAGGUGCAGUUUUAGAUGAGGCUAAGAACAUCAACAAGUCUCUGUCUGCCUUGGGGAAUGUCAUAUCUGCCCUGGCCGAAGGAGUGAAAAGUUACGUUCCCUAUAGAGAUAGCAAGAUGACUCGAAUUCUCCAGGAUUCUUUAGGGGGGAACUGCAGGACAACCAUGUUCAUCUGUUGCUCUCCAUCCAAUUACAAUGAUGCAGAAACCAAGUCAACCCUGAUGUUUGGCCAGAGAGCUAAGACCAUCAAGAACACAGCAUCAGUCAAUCUGGAACUGACAGCAGAGCAAUGGAAGAAGAAAUAUGAGAAGGAGAAAGAGAAGAACAAGACUCUUAAGGACACCGUACAAAAACUGGAGGCUGAGCUUAGUCGCUGGAGAAAUGGAGAGAAUGUUCCUGAAACGGAGCAGCUAAAUGAUGAUGAGCAGAUUACCCAGGAUACCUGUGAUGAGACCCCAGUCAACGAUAACAAUUCAUCAAUAGUUAUCCGCAUCUCAGAGGAAGAAAGGCGAAAGUAUGAGGAGGAGAUCCGUAAAAUGUACAAGCAGAUGGAUGACAAGGAUGAUGAAAUCAACCAGCAGAGUCAACUUGUUGAAAAGCUGAACCAGCAGAUGCUGGAUCAAGAGGAGCUCCUAAUAUCUACUCGGAAUGACAAUGACAAGGUGCAGAUAGAGUUAAGCCGUCUGCAGUCAGAAAACGAUUGUGCCAAGGAAGAAGUGAAGGAAGUCCUGCAAGCCUUGGAAGAACUAGCUGUAAAUUAUGACCAGAAGUCACAAGAAGUGGAAGACAAAUCCCUGCAAAAUAAAAUCUUAGCUGAUGAGUUAUCCCAAAAAGUUGCUUCUCUACUGGCUCUUGAAAAUGACCUGCAUCGCCUGCAGGAGUUUAGUACUCAUCAGCGCAAGCGGAUUGCUGAAGUAUUAAAUGGACUCAUGAAAGACCUUAGCGAAUUCAGCGUGAUUGUGGGCAACGGAGAGUUUAAACUGCCUGUGGAAAUUAGUGGUGCUAUAGAGGAAGAGUUUACUGUAGCCCGUUUAUACAUCAGCAAGAUCAAAUCUGAGGUGAAGUCAGUUGUGAAACGGUGCCGGCAGCUGGAGAACCUCCAGGUGGAAUGUCAUCGUAAAAUGGAAGUGACAGGAAGGGAGCUGUCCUCCUGCCAGCUGCUCAUAUCCCAGCAUGAAGCUAAGAUCAGGUCCCUGACAGAGUACAUGCACAGUGUGGAACUGAAGAAACGUCAGCUGGAAGAUUCCUAUGACUCACUGAGCGAAGAGUUAGCUAAGAUGCAGGCUCAAGAAAAUGUGACUGAUGUGGCAGAAAAGGAUAAGGAGCAAGAUGAGGAGAAAGCACAUGAGGUUAAGAAGGUCCUGGAGAUGCAAAUGGAGAGUCAUCGUGAGGCCCAUCACAAACAGCUGGCCCGUCUCAGGGAUGAGAUCAAUGAGAAACAGAAGAUCAUUGAUGAGCUCAAAGACCUGAACCAGAAGCUACAGCUAGAGCUGGAGAAGCUCCGUGCUGAUUAUGAGAAGCUGAAGAGCGAAGAACACAAAAAGAGCAAUAGACUGCAGGAACUGACAUUUCUGUACGAGAAACAAGAGCAAUCCAAGCAGGAUCUUAAAGGACUGGAGGAGACUGUCGCCCAUGAACUCCAGACCCUCCACAAUCUUCGGAAGCUUUUUGUUCAAGACGUCACAUCUCGAGUCAAGAAAAGUUCUGAAAUGGAACCCGAGGACAGUGGGGGGAUACACUCACAGAAACAGAAGAUUUCCUUUCUUGAGAACAACUUGGAACAGCUUACAAAGGUUCACAAACAACUGGCUCGUGACAAUGCAGAUCUUCGUUGUGAGCUUCCUAAAUUGGAAAAACGUCUUCGGGCUACAGCUGAGAGAGUUAAGGCCUUGGAGGGUGCACUGAGAGAAGCCAAAGAAGGGGCUAUGAAGGACAAAAGAAGAUACCAGCAGGAAGUUGACCGUAUUAAGGAAGCUGUACGCUACAAAAAUACAGUGAAACGAACACAUACAGCACAGAUUGCUAAACCCAUUCGCCCUGGACAUUACCCUGCAUCCUCUCCCACCAACCUAUAUGGAGUCCGGAAUUCUGAUUCAGUUAGUUACACCAACAGCCUAUUUCAGAACUACCAAAAUAUGUACAUGAGAUCAUCUAGUCCUACCAAUGAAACAUUUUUUGUCAAUCCAUGUUCAACCACAAAGAACAGUUCUUCCAGAAGCAGCUUGAUUCCAUAUCAGAAACUGAAUGUGGAUAAUGGCAAUGCUACAGACAUAAAUGAUAACAGAAGCGACUUACCAUGUGGCUGUGAAGCUGACCAAUCCAAGCUGUUCCCUCUUCAUCAGGAGGCAGCUGCCAGUUAAUAACUCAGUUAGCAGAUAUUUUUCCCACUUGCACUCUCAGUUUCCAAUGGGACUGAGGCUUACUCCCAGCAUGCUGCAAGUUAGCUUUUUUGUAGCCUCUGCUGCAAAACAUUAUUCUCCCUUUAUAACUCUCUCGCUCAGUGUCUCUCGACUGUGCUCUGUUAAUGUAACUAACAGCUGCUAAUGUUUAACCUAUACCUUUGCAAUGCACUCAGUCAUGUAACCACUUGUGUUUUAAACUUAAAUCCACUAGAAAUUAUUUAUUGUAUAUCUGUCAAUUCCCACACUGUGUCAUGUACAUGAGGUUAGCAAUGUAUCAGCAGGCAAGUGGAAUAAAAGAUGACAAAUAAAGGAAUGUUGUAAUUACA